CAGCGUGCGCGCAGUUAAGCUUGUGGCGCUCAAUUUUAUUUUAUUUUUUAGUUUUGUGUUUUUUUGUUUUUUGGCCCAAACGACGACGACGACGCUUGUCGCAGUCGAUAAAACACAUUCGAAUCGAACGUUAGCAGCGCAUGCUGACGGCAACGACAACAACAACAGCAGCAGCAACAAUACAACGACAACAUUUACGAUUUUCAUUCAUAUAUGCUGACUCGAGUUGCAUAUAGUAUACGCGUUAUUUAAGUGUGUGUGUGUGUGUGCCUCGGUUUUGAAAGCUUUGUCGGCACUUUCACGAUCCUUUUGGCACACAGCUUUCAUUUCGUACCGGUUUGACAUUACUUAAUCCCCAGCCGCUAUAGCUACUAUAUGUAAUCAAAAAUCCUGUCAGCAUGCGAUUGGGCCUGGAUUUCGUCAUGCUGGCAUUGCUGCUGCUGUUGCGCCAACUAACAGUGACUACUGCACGCCAAUCGCGCGAAAUUAUUAUAACUGAUGCGGUGCGUCGCAUACAGCAUGACGGCUACAAUGUGGAGCAGCAUGCAGUGAUAACCAAGGAUGGUUACAUAUUGACGCUGCAUCGCAUACCGCAGCUGGGGCAGCAGGGCAGCGUUUUGCGUCGCCCCGUUGUCUUUUUGCUCUCCGGUCUCUAUGCCUCAUCGGAUGUCUGGCUGCUUAACGGACGCGAGGAUUCGUUGGCGUAUCUGCUCUGGCGCGCCGGCUACGACGUCUGGCUGGGAAACAAUCGCGGGAACAUCUACUGCCGCCACAAUCUAUGGUUUAAUACGACGGCGCGUGAUUUCUGGAACUUUAGCUGGCAUGAGAUGAGCGUCUACGAUAUGCCCGCCCAAGUGGACUAUAUACUGCAUCAAACGGGCGUGGCACGCAUGCACUUUGUGGGCAUCUCCCAAGGUGGCACCGUCUUCCUAGUGCUCAACUCCAUGUUGCCGCAGUACAAUGCUGUCUUCAAGACGGCCACGCUGCUGGCGCCUGUCGCUUAUGUUAGCAAUACGCAAAGUGGCUUGGCCAAAAUAUUUGGUCCCAUUUUGGGCACACGCAACUAUGUAUCCAAAAUGCUGGAGGGCAUUGAAAUGUUCUCCACCAACAAGUUCUUUAAAAAGUUUCUAUCGAUGACUUGCUUGGAGCAUGAGCAGCCAGCAGUGUGUGUCACACGCUUGUGGCCCUCGGUGGGCUAUGAUACUCGUUAUCUGAACAAGACGCUGCUGCCGGACUUGAUGGCCAAUUUUCCCGCUGGCGGCUCGGUUAAGCAGCUCAUGCACUACUUUCAAGGCUAUGUGUCCACCAAAUUCAGACAAUACGACCAUGGACCGGAGCGAAAUUGGUUGCACUAUCAGCAGCUGGAGCCGCCGGAAUAUGCACUGGAGAAGGUCAGCACGCCCAUUACCAUAUUCUUUGCGGAAAAUGAUUAUAUUGUAGCGCCGGCGGAUAUUUGGCGCUUGGUUGCGCGUCUGCGCAAUGUUGAAGCUGUCUACAAAGUGCCCUGGAAGCGUUGGAAUCACUUUGAUUUUAUUUGUGGACUCGGCGUGCGUGAAUAUAUCUUUGAUAAAAUUGUAUUGUCGAUGAAUCGUUACGAGCAAAGGCGUCGUCGAUAAAGGGGUAGGGGUAGGGGUUAGCUUUAGAUGCAGCCACAAUUUCAACAAGUGCCAAAAACUUAGCUAGUUAAGUAAUUAUUUAAUUCUUAUCAACAGCGAAUCAACGUACUGAUUAAUA